AUUUUGACUUGUUAGUUGUUAAUAAAGUAAAUAUAACCUAAAACGCCGAUAUUUGUUUUAAUUUAAUUUAAAAAUUAUAAUUUGAGAAUUCUAAAAUGUGUGAUAUUCUAUAAAAGAGAGUGGGUGAAUUACGGAUAUGGUUUUUAAAUGUCAAGAAGACAGUUUCCUUAAGGAGUUCACAUCAAAAGUUAUAAAAUGCGAGGAGACUAAAGAACCAAUUGUCGAGUAUGGAAAGGUAUCAAAGUUUGAGGGCUACCAAGUCACUUUGGAGAACACUAUUCUCUUUCCAGCUGGAGGUGGUCAGCCACAUGAUAUAGGCUGGCUGAAUAACACCGAGGUCCUCCAAGUUUUACGCAAGGGUGAUGAAGCCCUACACUUCACUAGAGAACCGCUAGAGGUUGGCACUGAGGUGGCUCAGAGGAUAGACUGGGCUAGACGGUUUGAUCACAUGCAGCAGCAUUCUGGUCAGCAUUUGCUGUCAGCGAUUCUAGAAAACGAACACAAUUGGCCCACAACAAGUUGGUGGCUCGGCGCAGAAGAGUCAUAUGUGGAACUUGACUCAACAAAUGUUAUGGAAAGUACUCUAGGAAUAGUGGAGGAACGUUGCAAUGAACUGAUACGCCUGGCCAAGCCUGUCACAGUGAAGUUUUGUAAAGCCAAUGAUCCAGAUUUGGAUGAGGCGCACACGCGCGGGCUGCCGAAGGACUGCAUGGACACUAUUCGGGUCAUCCGCAUCGCUGAUGUGGACGAGAACAUGUGUUGCGGCACGCAUGUCUCCAAUUUGAGCCAACUGCAAACAAUAAAAUUACUAGGCAUCGAACCUGGGAAGAAAGGGAAGAGCAACCUGAGGUUCCUUGUGGGCAAUCGUGUCACCAACACAUUACAGCGGAUGUUGGACAGAGAGAAAGCCCUGACUGCACUCUUGAAAAACGAGCCAACUAAACAUGAAGAACUAGUAUCAAAAUUACAGAAAAACUUAAAAAUUACUAACAAAAACCUCCAAAACGUGCUGUCAGAAUUAGCAGAAUAUGAAAUAAAUAAAAUAAAAUCUGCCAACCCCAAACCUAAAUACGUAUUUAUGUACAAGAAAGAAGCGACCCCUGAUUUUAAUAGAGCCAUUUGCAAGGGGUUGGAGAAAGAAGGGUUGUUUCUGUUUUUGGUGUCAGAGGAACCUGACAAACCAAAAGAGGGACAAAUUAUAAUACAAGGCCCGGAAGAACAUUGCAAUGCUUUGGGACAACAGAUAACAGAACUUUUAAAGGGCAAAGGCGCAUUCAAAAACGGCAAGUUUCAAGGCAAGGCCGGCGAUUUGGGCGGUAUCAAUAAAUGUAAAAAACUUAUAGACGAGUACUUUAAUACUCAAUAAAAACAUAUUAAUACUUA